AUGAUAGAUAGCAACGCUGAAAAUUAUCAGGAAAAUACGCUUGAUACUGAAGUAACUAGAGAGAGAUCAAUUCAGACAACUAUGAAAUUAGUUGGGGAAAUUCAAGAAAGUAAUAGUGCUACUGGAAGUAUUGAAGCAAAUUCAUCACUUUUGAUUAAUAAUCCUCUAACUUCCAGCCAAAAUGAAACAUCAAAUCGAGCGCAAAAUGAGCCUCCUUUACUUUCGAGCUCACACACAGCAAGAGCUUGGCCACAAAAUGAACAGCAUCGUCUUCAUGCGGAAGAUUUCAAGAAUUUAAUCACUGCUGAACCCAAAUCUCUAAUCCAAAAGAUAACGAAAACAGAUAAAAUUGAUCUUCAAAUGCCAAAUUUAGAAAGAGAGAGACCAGAAAAUGAGCAUUCUCCACCUCCUGCGGGUGAAUUUAAACUUACCAUUCCUGAUGGCACGAAAAAAUCUAAUGCUUGUCUUCCUCAUCCUCCACCUCUUACUGUUCAAAAUAAUACCCCUGAUAUACCCAGCAUAUUCCCAAAUAAUAGAGAUAAAAAUAUUCUUCAAGAGCGAAAAACUAAUAAUUUAUUUGAAAGAAGUAAAAGCCCUAAUACGAACCCAUUUCCUGUUUCCCAAACAAAAUCUCAUAAAUAUAAAAUUCCAUCAGUCAGCAAAGAAAUAAAAAUAAAGGAUUAUACAAUUUCGAGCGAAAGCUCAGAAAGCGAAAUGAAUGACACAGAUCGGAUUAUUCCAUCAGUGAGAAGCUCUAUCCGUGAUGAAGCAAGUAUACCAGCUCCUUCAGUUUUUAUGACGAAAAAUCAAUUUAUAAAAGAACAGCUUGACGAGCGAAGCCAAAAAUCUCAAAUUAAACUCCAGCAAUCAGUGUUUGAAGAUGAAAAUUCAAGUAAUUUAAGUGAAGAUAAAAAUUCAAGUAAUUUGAGUGAAGAUGAAAAUUCAAGCAAUCAGAGUGGAUAUAUAGAUAUGACACAAUCAUUUGAAGAUAGCGGACAAGAUAAAAUGACUCAAAAACAGCCACCAAAUUCAUUAAAUCAGCCAUGAAAGCAAAAUCCUAUACACUAUUAGACAGCUGGAAAAACAUUUUUACUAGUUGAUUAAACUAAUAUCUUAUUUUCCCCUUAAAAUAAGCCAUUUUGAAGAAAGAAAUAGGCACUGGUCAUCCAAUAAUAUGGCAUUCAGGCUGCAAAAUAUUGCAUAAUACCCCUGUGAGUAAAUUACCACCCCCACCUAAAACUUUUAAUGUAAUAUUAAAAAGUGAUAUUCAACCUAAGCAAUCAAAAGUUGCUAUCGAUGAAGGCUACAAUAGCGAUGAUUUCGAUAGUGAUGAAGCUGAGAUACUUUACAAUAAUACUCCAAAAGAAUUAAUAAAUACUCCAGAAGACUUAAUAAAUGCUCCAAAAGACUUAAAAACUACUCCAAAAGAUUUAAUAAAUACUCCAAAAGACUUAAAAAAUGUUGCAAAAGACUUAAAAAAUACUCCACAGGACUUAAUAAAUGCUCCAAAAGACUUAACAAAUACUCCAAAAGACUUAAAAAAUACUCCACAAGACUUAUAGAGGUUUCCUCUAUAUAGCGCUGAAAGCGCAGACAUUUUCCCAGGAGCUUUCCAAGUUCGUCGGACCGAAUCGCUUUUUGGUCCGACCAAGGCAUUGAUUUGGUGCAACCAACCGAUAAAUUCCGAUCAGAAUUUAUCGGCCUUACAGCGCCAAACAUAGGAAACUUCUAUAAUAAAUACUUCAAAAAACUUAAAAAAUACUCCAAAAGAUUUAAUUAAUGAAGAACAAUUUUCAUUGGCCAUUCCAGCCAUGCUUGAAAAUUUAUUAUGAUUAUUAAAUCACCGCCAAAUGUUCCUUGCUCUAGCUGAGGUUCUUUCUAAUAUGAAAAUGAUUUAAUUUAUUUUUAAUAUAUUGUUUCGAAAUUCACAGAUCCCAAUUUGCAAAAAUUUGUGUAAAUAAAUGCAAUUUAAUUAAUUAAAUAUAAGUUUUAGAAGGAACUGUUUAAAUUUAAUAGAAUUCAUUAUAAAAACAACUACACAUACAAAUUAUUUUUUAUGAAAAUUAUGGGAUAAUUUCUAUGAAGAAUGCAGAGCUUGCUCGCUAACAGAUUGGUAGUUAGUGGCUCUCAUACUAGAAUAUUCACUGCUUUAUGUGCUUUAACAGAAAAUGCUCCUGAAGCAAUGAAGCCCGGGUUUACUUCUCUUUUAUCUUCAUUUCAUUGUGAAAAAUGCCAAGUGAAUCUUUAUGAGGGAGUUACAAGCUGCAAUCAUAAAUUAUGUAAAGAAUGUUCCAUCGAAUCAUUACGAAAAAGGACAAAUGGCCUAAUUCUGUUAACAACUUAUGAAGAAGAAAGCUUUAGAACGAUGUGCCCAAAGUGCAAAAAAAAAUUGCUCGAUAAAGACUUGGAAGCUAUUUUAGGAGACAAUUAUGAGAUUUAUGAUUUAGAGAGAAACAAGCGACAAUUAGAACAAGAUAAUCAACGAAGACAUGCCUAUAUGAGCACAUCUUCAGAAACCGAUCAUGAGUGCUUUACUUGCCAUAAGGAAUUAAAAGAUGAGAUGUGCUUUAAAAAUGAUGUAUGCAAACACCAAUGCAAAGAAUGCUUGGCAUCUAGUAUGAGAAGAGGAAGGACAGGAUGUCCUCAUUGUAGGCAAACUUAUUCAAUGAAUAUUUCCACCGAGAAUGAUAUCUGCCAAGGCUGCAAUCAAUUGAUGUAUUUUAUUGGAAAUAACUUGAGAAAAGUUUGCAAUGGCCAUUUGAUGUGUAAUCGCUGCAUAAACGAAUCUUAUCAAGCGAAGAAGUGCAAAAUAUGUAAGAUAACUGCAGAUCGCAAUUUAUUAUUGGAAUUUGAUAGGAUUUUAUUUGGGAGAUGCACUGGGCCUUGUGAGCAAAAAAAACUGUUAGAUUAUUUCAUAUUGAAAGAAUGCUGCAAUCAAGAUGUAUGCAUCGAAUGCCAAGCAAAUGACAAGGAAGCCUGCAUUAAGUGUAGAAAACCACUUGGAAACUGGGCUAAACAGCAGCUACAAUAUAUAGCAAGUAGGCAAAGCAUAUAA